AUGAACAAGAAAGGCGAGGCGCGGUCCACUGUGGACAUAUGUGAUCUGAUCUUGAACUAUGUAAAGGAAUUUCCCAUUCCCAAAGAAGUCAAAACGCGGUGUAAUGUGGAUAGUUUAAAAUCAACUGACAUGGAUUUCAGUCGUCUCCAAAUUACCAACAAGGAGACAAUGCAUUUGCCCGUCACCGCGAAUGAAUCGCACGGAGUUUUGGCCAACGGGAUCUCCGACCCGGGGCACAGCCCUAGUCGACCGCAUGGGAUCAAACGGAAAAUGAACAGUCACGUCCUGUUCUCCUCGGUUUUCACAAAUCAAACCAGUGAGACGCAGACAAAUCAUUUGCGUACGGAACGUCGUACGAGUGCCACGUGUCGUAUCAGUAUGCAAAAAUCUGUGUGUAAAGAGGGCUCAUUGAGUUUGCAAAUCGGUCCACCUGGGCCAGUAAUCCAAGCCAAUGGAGGCUUCCGUCGCGAAGUACAAAUGUCGAAUGAGCAAGAGAAAGUUUUUGAAGAGGAACUGACCUGGUCUGUAGAUACAGAAGUAAGCCAUUUUACGGAUAGUUCUUGCAUCAGUCCAUAG